GGUGAAAAGCCAUUUUCAUGUGUGAAUUGUGGAAAAUGUUUUCGUCAAAAACAACAUUUAACUAAGCAUAUGAUGAUUCACACGGGUGAAAAGCCGUUUUCAUGUGUGACCUGUGGAAAAAGUUUUUGUUAUAAACUGGCUUUAACUCAGCAUAUGAUGAUUCACACUGGUGAAAAGCCGUUUUCAUGUGUGACCUGUGGAAAGAGAUUUAGUCGAAAAGAUGAGUUAACUAAGCAUAUGAUGAUUCACACUGGUGAAAAGCCGUUUUCAUGUGUGAAUUGUGGAAAAUGUUUUUGUCAAAAACAAAGUUUAAUUCAGCACAUGAUGAUUCACACUGGUGAAAAGCCGUUUUCAUGUGUGACCUGUUUAAAAAGUUUUAGUAACAAAUCUGUUUUUGAUGCUCAUAUGAGAACUCAUACGGGUGAAAAGCCGUUUUCAUGUGUGAACUGUGGGAAAUGUUUUAAUCGAAAACAGAGUUUAACUGAGCACAUGAUGAUUCAUACUGGUGAAAAGCCGUUUUCAUGUGUGAACUGUGGGAAAAGUUUUAAUCGAAAACAGAGUUUAACUGAGCACAUGAUGAUUCAUACUGGUGAAAAGCCGUUUUCAUGUGUGACCUGUGGGAAAAGUUUUAAUCGAAAACAGAGUUUAACUCGGCACAUGAUGAUUCACACUGGUGAAAAGCCAUUUUCAUGUGUGACCUGUGAAAAGAGUUUUCUUCAAAAACCGCAUUUCACUAAGCACAUGAUGAUUCAUACUGGUGAAAAGUCAUUUUCAUGCGUGAACUGUGGAAAAAGUUUCAGUGGAAAAUAUAAUUUAACUGAGCACAUGAGGAUU